AUGGCAAGGGGCGGAGCCAAGCAGAAAUGGCACCUGGGGGCGGACAGGGAGUUUGUGGCCACGCCCAACACCAGAAAUGAGAUGAUGCUGCAGGAGGCUGGCGAGUUUGCAGGCCACCUCAAGAAGAUUGAGAAGGACAUCCGGGGGCUGAAGAAUGCCACCGAAGGCAUCCUGCUGUCCACCAAGGCGGUGCUCUCCGCGCCGCUGCCGCGGGUGUACGAGGAGACGAGCGGCGGCAAGGUGGUGCCACUGAAUGCCAGCCAGGGCGCGGGGCAGGUGGUGCUGCCCAUAGGCGGCACCGAUUUCAAUGCCGAGGAGCUGGCUAAGAUCAGCAAGGAGACCAGCAAGAAGCUGGAGAGCGAGGUGCUGGCGCCCAUGGAGCGCUGGAUGAAUGCCUACAACCUGGUGCAGAACCGCAUGAACAAGCUGGAGAGCCUGCGGCUGGAGGUGGACUCCCGCCGCCGCACGGUGGCCAAGCUGGGCAAGAAGGUGGACCUGCAGCGAGCGCGGCUGCCCCAGACGCGGGCCAAGGGCGAGUAUGAGAUGGAGAACACGAUCAAGGUGCUGCAGCACAAGGAGAGCAAGCUGAGCGCGUGCCGGCAGUCGUUCAAGGAGCACGAGGCGCUGGUGUACCACCAGCUCACCAACCUCAUCCGCGACACCGUGUGGCUCAAGAGCUACCUGUCGGCGGUGCUGCGGGUGCAGGCGGAGGCCUUCCAGGCCGCCAACGUGGCGCUGGGCCAGAUGAAGGCGGCGGCGCUGCCCGCGCCCUCCGCCGACAUGGGCCUGCCGGUGGCUGCCUCCAUCCCCAGCACGCCAGAGGCCAUCGGGGCGGGCCGCGACGCCACGCCGCCGCACCUGCAGGCUAACAUGCGCGACAUAUCCCGCAAGCUGCAGCGCACCAAGGAGAAUGGCGCCAGCAUGGCAGUCUCCGCCUCGGCGCUGGGCAGCAAGGACAGCCUGUACACGAUCCAGGACGCGCCCGCUGUGCCCUCCUCCCGCAUCCCCGCGGCGCAGCCUGCCUACGAUCGGUAUGGCGAGCAGACUUAUAGCCGCACCACUGUGCCGGCGUGGUGA